AUGAAGAAAAAAAAAAAAAAAAAAAAAAAAAGGGAAAAAACUGGAAAUAACGAGGAAGAAGAAGAUGGAGUGGGUAAUAAAAAUAAAAAUGAUGCAGACGACGAAGAGGAAGAUGAUGAAGAUGAAGAUGAUGAUGAUGACGAUGAUGAUGACGAUGAUGAUGACGAUGACGAUAAUGAUGAUAAUGAUGAGAAAAAAAUGAAAAAGAAAAAAAAAGAUACAGCAAAGGAUAAGAAAAAAAAUAAAAAAAAUGAUCCAAAAAAAUUAAACGUUGUAGAAAUUAACCAAUCAUUUUGUGUGUGCAAUAUUGAAGAUAUAUGUAUUGACAAAAUUUCCAAAAUGACAAAUAAAUAUCAAAUUGCAAAACAAAGACAAACCGAGUUGCUAAAUAAUUUAGUGUUAUAUUUUAAUAAGAAUAAAUAUGAGGAAGAGGGAGAAAAAUAUAUAAGUGAAGUGAACACAUAUUAUGACGAUUAUAUGAAUAUUAUGGCAGAGCUGAACUUUGAUACAACAUCUUUCGGAUUUUACAUCAACAUUUGUGAUAUUAAGAAGAAGGAAGUGUUGGCCACACUCCUGAUGUGUUCCCUAAUUAACAAAAACUCCUUUGUCCUUUGCUUUGGUGAAAAAUAUGGGAAAUUAAUUUUUUCUGCGUACAAAAUAGACGUCGAUGUAGUGUUCGAAAUUAAGAACCAAAUAAAAAAUGCCACAUUUAAUCAAUUUAAUGAUAUCCUGAAUGUACUUAAAAAUAAAAACAAGAAUUUUGUCUCCUCUAUGGAUUAUUUGAAUACACAGGAGGUGGACUCUCUGGAGAGUUACAUCCACGAUACGUGCAAAUCCCUUGAGUUGCUAAAAACAGAACAGGACAAAAUGAUAAAAUAUAAAAAGGAUGUCUUCAAGCAACUGCAGACGCAGAAAAUUUAUCAAGAAAAGAAAAAACUCGAGAAAGAAAAAAAUAAAAUUGAGCAUGACAAUCAGGAGACAAACGAAGAAGACAUUAACAUGCAAAAUAUUUUUAAGAGCAUCCCACAGCCAUCUUUGCUGUUCCCGUACGUGCUGACCAUGAGCAAUAACUUGCUAAAUGACAAUAUUAACAAUUUGUGCAGCCAUGCCAUUGCCAAGUCUUACUUGUACUACAAAAAUGCGAAGCCGUGA